AUGGAGAUCCAGCCGUCUCUGCUGCUCCUUUUGCUGUUGACCCUACGGGAUGGGGACAGCUGUCAGGGCCCAGAACUGGUGCGGGAACUUGUCCUGGCCAAGGUGAAGGCUCUGAUCCUAGAUGCCUUGGGGCCCCCAGCAAUGACUGGGGAAAGUGGGAGCCCUGAAAUAAGGCGGCUGCCACGAAGACACGCCCUUGGGAGCCUCGAGCACAGGACCUCUGAACCAGAGGAGGAGGAUGUCUCUCAGGCCAUCCUUUUCCCAGCCACAGGUGCCACCUGUGAGGACCAGCCAGCUGCUGGAGAGUUUGCCCGGGAGGCUGGAGAAGGUCUCUUCACUUAUGUAUUCCGGCCAUCCCAACACGUGCGCAGCCACCAGGUGACUUCAGCCCAGCUCUGGUUCCACACCGGGCUAGACAGGAAGAACACAGUGGCCUCCAAUAGUUCCGGGACCCUGCUAGACCUGCUGGCGCUGUCGCCUGGGGGGCCCAUGGCUGUGCCUGUGUCCUUGGGACAGAGUCCUCCUCGCUGGGCAGUACUGCACCUGGCGGCCUCUGCCCUCCCUCUGCUGACCCACCCGGUCCUAGCAUUGAUGCUUCGAUGCCCUCUCUGUUCCUGCUCAGCCCGGCCAGAGACCACGCCUUUCCUGGUGGCUCACAUCCGGGCUAGACCACCCAGCGCAGGGGAGAGGGCCCGACGUUCAACCCCCUCGAUGCGUCGGCCUUGGUCUCCUGCUGCUUUGCAGCUUCUGCAGAGGCCUUCAGAGGAACCCGCUGCCCAUGCCUAUUGCCAUCGAGCUGCACUCAACAUCUCCUUCCAGGAGCUGGGCUGGGACCGCUGGAUCGUGCAUCCUCCCAGUUUCAUCUUCCACUACUGCCAUGGUAGCUGUGGGAUGCCCACAUCUGACCUGCCCCUGCCAGCCGCUGGGGUUACCCCUACCUCUGCUCAGCCCCUGUUUUUGGUGCCAGGGGCCAAGCCCUGUUGUGCUGCUCUACCAGGGAGCAUGAGGUCCCUACGUGUCCGAACCACCUCAGAUGGAGGUUACUCUUUCAAGUAUGAGAUGGUACCCAACCUUAUUACACAACACUGUGCUUGUAUGUAA